AUGCUCACGUCGAGACUGAUGCAUCGGGCAUCUGCCUGGUCCCGGCGAGGACUAGCCUCUCGCCGUCAUGUUGGAGUCCCCCAAUGGACAGCUCGACGGUUUAACUCCUCCAAUCCGUCAAGUACAGGCCAGUACACGCCUGAUCCUACCGACCAGAACGGGUCGGAAGAAGAUGGCAAAGGAGGCACUCGCAACGAGGAUCCUAAUUUGAAGUCAACCAUUUUGAAAAUGUUUGAAACAGCCGCAACGACGGCCGCUUCAAUCGCGAUCUUAGGUGUAGCCGGAUACUCAUACCAUCGGUAUUACAAGUAUUUGAUCCUGGAGAAGAUGGACAAUGCUUUCAAGCCAGGAGAUCCCGCUCUUGAGAUUGCCGGUGUUGUUUCGGGAAAACAUCACUACCGCGAUGAAGAGCACUGGGUCACUCGAGAUGAGCAGCCUCGCAUUGAUGAGAUCGUCUCGGGGCGACGGGUCGGCCACUACUACCUCAUUGUAGGUGAAAAGGGCACUGGCAAGACUUCCAUGCUCCUGGAAGCCAUGCGCAAGGUUGAUGGGAAUAGCUGUGCUUUGUUCGAUGCACACGCUGAUCUGGAGAUUUUUCGAAUUCGGCUGGGCAAAGCUCUUGACUUUGAGUUCCACGAGGAUUAUAUUGGAAGUUUGUUCAGCAUUCGCGGCCCUCGGGAUACCACUCCGUUGUUGGACAUUGAACGGGCUUUCAACAAAUUGGAGAAAGUCGCUUUGAGGAGAAGAAAGGCCGGCUCGCCUCCUCUGGUGCUCAUCCUCAACAGCACUCAUCUUGUGCGAGACGACCACGAUGGACAAGACCUGCUCGAGAUGAUUCAACAGCGUGCUGAGCAGUGGGCUGCGAGCGGACUCGUCACAACCAUACUUAAUAGUGAUGACUAUUGGGUUUACGAACGCCUCAAGCGCUACGCAACGCGUAUGGAGGUCAUCGCGGUGUCCGAUCUUCCCAAAGAUAAAGCGAUGGCCGCGCUUCGUAGGUAUCGUAAACAGUUCCGCCACGAGGACCUGCCCGAUUCGGUUUUGGAAGAAGUCUACGACAAAGUUGGCGGCCGUCUGUCUUUCUUGAACCGAGUUGCAAAGUCUCCAGAUGUUCUGAAGACAUGUGAUGAGAUCUGCCAGGCGGAGAAGACGUGGUUCUUGAACAAGUGUUGGGUUCUUGGCUCAGAAAUGGACGAUGAUGUGAUGGAUCAGCAGAAGUACGCUUCUGCUGCCAUGGUCCUCGCUAAGGCGCUGGUCGAUGCGGAGAAGGACAUGGAGAAAAGCUACGACCCGCAUCGGGGACAUAUCCUCCCUGAGAUCCCACUGCACAAAGCGCGUCAAGUCAUGACACGUGCCGACUUCAUACAGUCUUACGACCAUGACAAUAUUUUCACCAUUGACUCCCGAGCCGUGGUGCGCGCUGAUUCCGUGCCCAUGCAGCAGGCCUUCCGGGAGAUUUGUGCCGAGAAAGGAUUCGAACAGUAUCUGAAUGACACUUUGGAACGUAUUGGUGACAUCGAGAGUCUCGGCCGUACCCGUGAAUUGACCAUCAAGGACUUGUGGAACCAGGGCAAGUACCGGAUGGUGGUCCGGGAUAAUCACGGACGCGAGAGCGGUACAGUCGAAUUCGCACACGCAGAACGCGAGGGUGACGAUGACGAUUGA